GGUUCGGGGGCGGGGCGGCGGCAGGAGUACGCCGGCCUCUGCUAGGCAGGCGAACGGUUGUGUGUGGCUCUGCGGCUGGUUUCCCCGUCACGUAGGUUACGCACACAAACCUCCCCAGGGACGGCCCCGAGUCAGCCCGGGCAGCAGUGUCUUGAUCAGACUCAGGCAGGCCGGAGACUGGGGCCGCGAUGGUGCGGGUCGAGGGCUCGAGAUGGAGCUGACUAGGGGCCGGAGGGGCUGAGAAGAGCCUGCCCAAGUCCGGGCCAAGCACCAAGCCCUUUCUCGUCCGUCGGGCCCCUGGGUUCCCGCCUGCCGAUCUCCAGCCGUCAGGGUCACGCCACUCGCUGGAAGCCCUGAGCUCUGUGCCCCGCAAGCCCUGGGCCCCCUGCGGGAAUGUUCAAAAAUGAGUACCAGGGAGGUGCAUUUGUUGAAAUCUUUAGUGCUCAGGGAAAAAAUCCUGGAGCAAAAUGGAAGAUCUUUGGCAGUCCAUCUGUGAUUUGGAAAGAGUUUGAUAAAGAAGUUAAAAGUUUUGUGUUUGUCCUGGAAGGCAGCAGCCAAACAAACAAAAUUCAAUUACCGAAGGAGAAUAAGCAGAUUCUUGGACUGAUCCAGAGGUUUCUUGUACUUCAGAUUUACAUACCCCUGGGACAAGACUUCUCCACUGAAUUGCUAAUUACUGAUUUAGGAAACAUCAAAAGAAGAUUGUAUUUAUCAACGGUGCAUAAGGAACUGUCCUCAACUCCUCUUCAUGCAAAAAUUCCACUCUUCAUGAUCAAACGCAAAAUUGUAAGUAUUACAUGAAUGUUGCCUAAAAUAUUAUA